AUGCAGCUCGCAUCCUUCCUCAUUGCCGCUCUCGCGUUUGCUGUCUCUAACGCCUGGGCCCAGGAUGACGCUUCCGGUGACGAACCUACCUGUCUGCGUAUCUGUCGUGAUGAUCCUGUUACCUGCCAGGCAGACUGGGUCUCUACACAAGUUGCCGCCGAAGGCGAGGAGAAGCCAUGCUGGACUUGCUGCAGCAAAUAG